UGAGCGAAGCAGAAGAACUUCCGCUGUGAAACGUGAAUGAAGCGCUAAAACGUUUGCUGAUCUGCGGUGCGUUGUUUUGAGUUUGAAGCAGGACCGCGGGCUGUUCGCGGGGUGCACUCAUCAUGGUGAAACUCACGGCGGAGCUGAUCGAGCAGGCGGCCCAGUUCACCAACCCUGUCCGGGACCGGGAGCUGGACCUCCGAGGUUAUAAGAUCCCAGUGCUGGAGAACCUGGGGGCCACUUUGGACCAGUUUGACACCAUCGACUUCUCCGAUAAUGAGAUCAGAAAGUUGGACGGCUUUCCUUUGCUCAGGCGUCUCAAGUCUCUGCUACUGAAUAACAACCGCAUCUGUCGUUUAGGUGAGAAUCUGGAGCAGUCUCUGCCCGCUCUGAAGGAACUGGUUCUGACUAAUAACAACAUCCAGGAACUGGGUGACCUGGAUCCGCUGGCCACUAUAAAGACCCUCUCCCUCCUCAGCUUGUUGAGGAACCCAGUGACCAACAAGAAGCACUAUAGGCUUUAUGUCAUCAAUAAGCUGCCACAGAUCCGAGUGCUGGACUUUCAGAAGGUCAAGCUCAAGGAGCGACAGGAGGCUGAGAAAAUGUUCAAGGGCAAACGAGGGGCUCAGCUGGCUAAAGAUAUCGGAAAGAGGACCAAAACGUUCACUCCAGGUGUGGGGGCACAGCUGGACAAAAAACGUACUGGACCUUCACCAGCAGAUGUAGAGGCCAUUAAGAAAGCCAUAGCGAAUGCCUCAUCUUUAGCUGAAGUGGAACGGUUAAAGGGCAUGCUUCAAGCUGGACAGAUCCCUGGGCGAGAGUUUAGACAAGGAGGUGAAGAGAUGGAGGAGGAAGAGGAGGAUGAAGAGCCCCAGUCUACAGGACAAGAAGACAUGCACCAGGACACGGAGGAAGAUAUGGAACAGGAGUCUCACAUAAAUGGCUCAUAGAGGACUUUCCAUUUGCUUUUUGUUUUUAUGUUUAUCAUGACUUUUAUUUUGUAAAAUCAAAUUGAUUAAAUUUUUUACUAACUGUU